AUGCCACCCUACACCAUCAUCUACUUCCCUGUCAGAGGGUGUCAGCCCAUGCUGCUGGCUGACCAAGGCCAGAGCUGGAAGGAGGAGAUAGCUGGCAGGGAGUACUGGCUGCAGGACCUGCUCAAGGCCUUCUACCUGUAUCGGCAGCUCCUCAAAUUGCAGGACAGAGACCACCUCACACUGUACCAGUCCAAUGCCCUCAGGUGCCACCUAGGCCACUCCCUGGGGCUGUACUGGAAGAACCCUCGCGAGGCCACCCUGAUGGACAUGGCAAAGGAUGGCAUAGAGGACCUUCACUGCAACUAUGCCAACCUCAUCUACACCUACUGCAAGGCGGGCAAGGUCGACUGUAUGAAGAAACUAUCCAGGCACCUGAAGCUAUCUGAGACUCUGCUGGCCAGAACAGGGGGGCCAGGCCUUCUGGUGGGCGACCAGAUCUCCUUUGCUGAAUACAACCUGCUGAACCUGAUGCUGAUCCACCAGACUCUGGAGCCCGGCUGCCUGGAUGAGCUGCCCCUGCUCAUCCUACAUGCCUACAAAACCCUACUCAACACCAGCCCAAGAUCAAACCCUUCUAGGCCUGAGCACCACCAAGGGUGA